AUGAAAGAAAUCGCACAUAGCCAGGCUUACGGAAAUCGUGUAUUCAGCCGAGAUAGCGCUGUUGAUAGCAAAAAGGAUGUUUCAAUAAGUGCAGAACAGCCAAAAACAAUUAGUAAAUUAACACCGUACUUAUUUGAAGGAGACAUAUUCCUUUCAACGAAGCAAGCAAUGACCAUACUGGAUUCAUUGGCCAGCAAAGAUACUUCUCGAAAAAGGAAACGUUUUGCUACUGAUCCUGAGGCUAAAUGGUUCCAAUUUCCUAUAAAGUAUCGGUUUGACGAAUCGCUUGAUAUUCUACAUAUCAGCCAGAUUCUGAAAGCUCUGGAAAUAUGGCAAAGCAGUACAUGCAUUACAUUUGAGAAUGACCAAGAAGCUAGCGGUGAUUACCUCGAAUUUUUUGAAGGUGAUGGAUGUUAUUCAAUGGUCGGUCGUUUCGGAGGUAAGCAAGGAGUAUCUAUUGGCAAAGGAUGUGAAAGGAUAGGCACUAUAGUGCAUGAGCUUGGCCAUACACUAGGCUUAUGGCAUGAGCAAUCCAGACCUGAUGCUGAAAAAUAUAUUACGGUAGUGAAGGAGUAUAUAAUACCAUCGUAUAUUAGCGAGUUUCUGAAACGAAGCGAAAAUGAAAUUACAACUUUCGAUGUACCAUACGAUCUCGGUUCUAUUAUGCACUAUGGUUCCACAGCAUUCAGCGUGGACCAGAAAAGCAAGACUCUUCUGACGAGGGAUCCUUUCUAUCAGAUGACAAUCGGUCAACGAGAUUCACUAUCCUUUUACAAUAUCAAAUUAAUCAAUGAGGCCUAUUGCAAAGGCUACUGUAAAGGAAAAGAUGAAUGCAAAAAUGGUGGUUUCCUGAAUCCCAGCAAUUGCAAAAGCUGUCUUUGUCCGAGUGGUUUUGGUGGUUCAAAGUGCGAAACGCAUGGUGCCAGCGAAUCGAAUAGCAAAUGUGGUGGGACGCUGAGAGCUGAAAUUGACUGGCAACAACUUGAAUCACCAGGAUAUCCCGAUGGAUAUCCGGCGAAUAUCAUGUGUAACUGGCUCAUCAAAACCGAUAAAGAGGAAAGAAUUGAAAUCAGUUUCGAAGACGACUUCGGCAUAUUUUGUUCCAGUACUUGUGUUGAUUAUAUCGAAUUGAAAAUUGGCAGUGAUCUGGCUAAUACUGGUUACAGGAUAUGCUGUUAUGAUAAACCAGAGGAUUCAUUAGUCUCGGCAAAAUAUCAAGCAGUCAUCAUAUUCCGCGCAACAACAGGCGAAGAUACCGGUUUCAAGCUCAAAUUUCGAAAAACCACGAAACCAGCCCAAACGACUUCUGCAUUACUCAAAACGACAACUGCAGCUCCUCGUACAACGAUAAUUGGAACUAAUAUCUGGUCCGAAUGGGGAGAAUGGUCACAUUGUUCUCGAUCAUGUGGUGCUUGCGGCAUACAGUCUAGGGUUCGGACAUGUAAAACUGCCCAGUGCAGCGGUAAAAUUCAAGAAUUCUCAACAUGUAAUUUACAAGCAUGUCCAGUGGACCCGAGGUGUGCUAAAGUUAAAUUCAAGCAUCGUUUAUGCGCAGAUGGUAGCACCUGUGGCAAGUAUACUUUUUUACUUGUUGAUGGUAAUAUUGAUGAUAGUAGUGGUGAUAAAAACGGAAUAGAAGUACCAAUGAUUAAGACAUAA